GAGAGAAGCGACAACACUCGAGAGAAGCGGAGAUAAGGGGCGAGCGAUGGAUUCGGAUUACGGCGUUCCCCGCGAGCUCUCCGCUCUCCAGAAGAAGCGAGCGCUCUACCAACCCGAGCUCCCUCCGUGUCUCCAGGGUACAACCGUGCGGGUUGAGUUUGGUGAUGCAACAACUGCUGCAGAUCCUGCUGGUGCACAUGUGAUCAGCCAAGCAUUUCCGCACACGUACGGGCAACCCUUGGCUCAUUUUCUGAGGGCAGCAUCUAAUGUGCCUGAUGCACAGAUUAUAACGGAACACCCGCCUAUCAGAGUUGGUGUGGUAUUUUGUGGGCGACAGUCCCCAGGAGGUCACAACGUAAUUUGGGGUCUUCAUGAUGCUCUUAAGUUGCACAACCCAAACAGCACAUUGCUUGGAUUUCUGGGUGGGACUGAAGGUCUUUUUGCGCAAAAAACUUUGGAAAUCACAGAUGCUGUUCUUUCCACAUAUAAAAAUCAAGGUGGUUAUGAUUUGCUUGGCCGAACAAAGGAUCAAAUCAGAACAACUGAGCAAGUUAAUGCUGCAAUGGUUACUUGCCAGACGAUGAAGUUAGAUGGUCUUGUUAUUAUUGGAGGAGUUACAUCCAAUACGGAUGCUGCCCAGCUUGCAGAGACUUUUGCUGAGUCAACAUGUCACACAAAGGUUGUUGGUGUUCCUGUUACUUUAAAUGGAGAUCUCAAGAAUCAGUUUGUUGAGACAAAUGUGGGUUUUGAUACUAUAUGUAAGGUCAACUCGCAGCUGAUUAGUAAUGUCUGCACAGACGCUCUUUCGGCAGAGAAGUAUUAUUACUUUAUUCGCCUGAUGGGCCGUAAGGCAUCUCAUGUGGCUUUGGAAUGCUGUUUGCAGUCCCACCCAAACAUGGUUAUCCUAGGUGAGGAGGUUGCCGCAUCAAAGCUUACUCUUUUUGACCUAACAAAACAGAUCUGCGAUGCGGUUCAAGCUAGGGGGGAAAAAGAUAAGUAUCAUGGGGUCAUCCUUAUACCUGAGGGACUUGUGGAAAGUAUUCCUGAACUGUAUGCUCUGCUCCAGGAAAUACAUGGUCUCCAUGGCAAGGGUGUCUCCGUGGAUAACAUUUCUUCUCAUCUUUCACCUUGGGCAUCAGCACUAUUCGAAUUUCUGCCACCAUUCAUUAGGAAGCAGCUCCUUCUACACCCAGAUUCUGAUGACUCUGCUCAGCUGUCUCAGAUUGAAACUGAGAAGCUACUUGCUCAGUUGGUGGAGACAGAAAUUAACAGACGUUUGAAGGAAGGAACAUACAAAGGAAAGAAAUUCAAUGCUAUCUGCCACUUCUUUGGGUAUCAAGCCAGGGGAUCCUUACCAUCAAAGUUUGAUUGUGACUAUGCCUAUGUCCUUGGACAUGUAGGCUAUCACAUUUUAGCAGCUGGUCUGAACGGUUACAUGGGUACCAUCACAAAUUUGAAAAACCCUGUAGCUAAGUGGCGUUGCGGUGCUGCUCCUUUCACCGCAAUGAUGACUGUGAAGCGGUGGUCACGUAGUCCUUCAACCACACAGAUUGGGAAACCAGCCGUUCAUCCUGCUGCCGUAGACCUGAAAGGAAAAGCAUAUGAGUUGUUGAGGCACAGUGCUUCCAGGUUUUUGAUGGAUGAUAUAUACAGAAACCCUGGACCCCUUCAAUUUGAUGGACCAGGUGGCGAUUUAAAGGCUACUACGCUAUGUGUUGAAGAUCGAGAUUACAUGGGCAGGAUUAAGUUACUGGAGGAAUACCUGAACAAGGUGAAAAGCAUUGUGAAGCCUGGGUGUUCACAGGAUGUUCUGAAAGCAGCAUUGAGUGCAAUGGCUUCUGUGACGGAUAUGUUAAACAUUAUGUCUUCUCCAUCCUUCGGAGCCGAAUCACGCAUAUGAGAUUGGUAGUUGGUCAUGCUGAAGCGGGAGUCAAUUUGAAUCAGCCCCUCUUUCCAUUUGCUUGCUCGCUGCUUUGGCAACGAAUAAGAAACAUUGACACUGGUUUACUCUUUUAUUUAUCCGUCCACCUGUGUUGGAGGAUCAUCCAUUUUUGUGACUUGAAGAGUUCAUUACCUGUAUUCUGAAGUUGAAUAAUGACUUGGUAGGCCCACAAGGAGAUAAGGGCAAGGAGGGGUAGAACUUGCCUCCGAGAACGAAUAAUUCUUCCUGUUUGUGAGAUGCUACGGACGUCUUCUAUUCUAUUUGUGCAACUAAUUAUUUGACUUUACUUUUUUUUU